AACACACCACCUUUAUACCACAUUCGCACCUUCCAAUCUCAACAUGCGCAUCCUCAUCACCGGCUCCAGCGAUGGCCUCGGUCUCCUAACCGCCCGCCUCCUCUCCCCCACCCACCAAAUAAUCCUCCACGCCCGCAAUCCCACCCGCGCAACCCACGCCUCGCAAUCCUGCCCCAAAGCCCACGCAACCGUCAUAGGCGACCUGUCCACACUCGCCGGCAUCCGCGCAUUCGCCCUCGAAGCAGAUAAACAUGGCCCUUACGAUUGCAUAAUGCACAAUGCUGGCCUCUAUCUAGGACCGUUCAGAAAAACAGAGGAUGAGAUGCCAGCGCUGGUUGCCGUAAACACUAUAGCGCCGUAUAUGCUUUCCUGCCUGAUGGCCAAACCCAAGAGAUUGAUAUUCGUGUCGUCGCAAUUGCAUCAAGGGGGUGAUGCGGAGCUCAAAGAUAUCACAUGGCGGAAGAGGGGUGAGGGAGAGUGGAAUGCAGGACAGGCUUAUGCGGACAGUAAGUUGCAUAAUAUCAUGUUUGCGUUUGCUUUCGCCAGACACUUUGGGAUUGCUUGUCAUAGUGUGGAUCCCGGGUGGGUGAAGACGAAGAUGGGGGGUGAGAAUGCGAUGGAUGAUUUGGAUGCUGCGGUGGAGACGUUUGGGAUGGUCUGCACAGGAGAAGGGGCGGCUGGAAGGAGAGAGGUGGGGCAUUGGUAUCAGAAGAGGGAGAGAGAUUUUAGGGAAGAGGCGAGGGAUGUAGAGACGCAGGAGAAGUUGUUGAAGAUACUUGAGGGCAUCUCGGGGGUCAAGGUGCCUGAGUAGAG